AUGGCUGGAGUGGAUGCCGACGCUGAUGGGGCAACCUCGGCUUUUGGAGCAUCUUCCGCCCAUAGCUCCAGGCGGGUGUCGCGCGGCAGAGCAGAUGCGAAGCUGACGACGAUCACCUGCCACCUCUGUGAACAGGAAGGGCUCUGCUACAAACAAUGUUGGGGAGCAUGUUUCGACCAGGAGUGCUUCAGCAAAGUGCGAGCCAGACACCGAGCUUUAAAGAAAGAGCAGAAAUGCACAGGGAAGGACCUCGUCGCAGAGAACAAGGCGAUGAUGCUCGAGAAACCUGCCGAAUGGCGGAAGGACGAGUUCUUCUCCCCCGAUGGCAGCAAGCAGGUGACAGCGCUGCAGAAGCAGAAGGGCCAGGCGUUCAAGGAGCGAGGGUCCCUCAAGCAAGACCUCUACGUGGAAGACGAGAGCUCCUACACCAAGCGGGCCUACAAGGAUAAGAUGAAGGCGGACAACUCGAUGUCGGAGAGCCUCGACAGCGAUGACCUGAGCGCCGAUUUCGAGCUGCACGAACGUCAACUCACGGAAGGUGAGAAGACAAUGGAGAACCGCGCUGGGAGGCAGCUCGUCUGGCUGUGGGACAACCCCAAGGUUCGCCACGCCUCAGGGAAGCAGUCCAUCGACGGCGUUCGGGAUUGGACAAGCGGCGGCGACGGCCCUGCUGGCAGUCAGGAGGGCCGUCCACCAGCGGCAUCUCACUCGGGACGAGCGCCAGCCAGAUCCCCCACGAGCGAGCUCGGCGACGGCUCCGACGCCCCCGCUGUCAAGCGCCUCCGCGGCAAGUGCAGCGCGGGCGCCGCGAGGGCGCGGCCAGGCGCGAAGGUGGAUGACACGGGCGGCUUGCUGUGCCUCCGCCAGCGCGACGCAUUGAUCGACACGGCGGGCGAGUACAUGCAUGAGAUCAUCGGCUCCAAGGGCUUGCAGAGGGUCGUUGCGACAGUGAGGCAGCUGAUCAAAGACAAGGACCUCGACGCCAGCCUGCCCCCUCACGAUCCGUCUGAUAUGGAGAAGGCGAUCGGUGAUCUGAUCAGCGAGAUCGAGGAGCUCCAAAUGACGGCCAAGAAAGCGAAGAAGCAAGACAUCGAACGCGAGCAGGGCAAAGCUGACGAUAUCAAGGCUAAGAUCCUUUCGAUCAAGGCCAAAGUAGACGACCUUCACGCCUCAACCACCCACAUGCUGCAGGGUGCCCGCCUCAGCGAGCGUUCGAGCAGACAGAAGAUCUACUGGAGGCAGGUCUCGAUCGAGAACGCACUGUUGGGCGGCAAGUUUGGCAAGCAGCACGCUAAGCACUUGGCCAAGACGGUGCAGAACCCAGAGGACGAUGAGGAGAACCCUGCGUGGAUGCAGAUCCAGCGCAACCCAGACGCGCCCAACUUUGCCGCGAUGGCGUCGUGGCCCGCUGAGGGCGAUCACUCGGGACUCCGUGAAGCAGCAAUCAACGAGGCCAUGAAGCGGCUCUGCGCCAACGUCGAGCUUGGAGACGGCGGCGGCCCGUGGAUGAUAGCAGCAAGGGAGCAUUGCUGCAGGUUCGGGCCCAAGGCGUUUCCCCUCUUUGGGAGCGCCUGUCUGGUGAUCAUGCUCGAGAAGACGCUCUACCUACAGCUGACGCCGGUGGAACAGAUCUUGGAAAAGGGCUUCUCGGCAAUGGAGCACGGCAAGUUCCUUGAGACCCCCGAGGGGGCAGCCCACUUGGCAGAGAAGGUGAUCACUUGCAAGUUGUCCAGAGGCGAAGUGUUCUACAUCCCGAACGGUUUCCUGACAUAUGGAGUGCAUCGCCCGCAGACCACCGAGAAGGAGGAUCAGCCAUCCUCAGGAAAGAAAGCAGUAAGGAAGAGUCCGCCUGCGAAGGCCACCGCGAGUAACGAAGUUGCCUACGCUCUGGUGGUUCCACUGAUCACCAAGGACGGGCUCGCCGACCUCAACGACCAGACGAAGGCGGCCAUCCUGAAGGUCAACGCGGACCACUUCAACUCAAGGCAGUCCGACCCGCAGUGCAAGAGGAGGGAGAGCUGGUUCACCACGCUCUUCCGAGGCACGGGCUAG